CUGGAAAAAAAAACGAGCGCAGACCUGAAAUAUCCCUUCCGCCCUACCGGCCGGUGACGAUGGGCCACCGCCACCGCCGCCCUUCCUCGCCGGAUCCAGCGGCCCCGCUGGAAGACGACGACCUCCUCGGCGAGAUCCUCCUCCGCCUCCCCCCGCAGCCGUCCUCCCUCCCGCGCGCCUCCCUCGUCUGCAAGCGGUGGCGCCGCCUCGUCUCCGGCCGCGGCUUCCUCGCCCGCUUCCGCGCCCGCCACCGCAGGGAGCCCCCGCUCCUCGGCGUCUUCACCGGCGGGUUCGAGUGGCUCGACUUCACCCCCUUGCUGGACCCGCCCGACCGCAUCCCCGCCGAGCGCCUCUCCCUGCGGCAGAGCCGCGACGAGCGCUGGAUCUUCUGCGGCUGCCGCCACGGCCUCGCGCUCCUCUUCAACGUCGACCGCCUCCACGCCGUCGUGUACGACCCCCUCACAGGUCGCCAGCGCCAGGUCGCCUUCCCGCCGGGGUUCGACGACGACCAAGAGAACAUCAUCGGAAGCGCCGCGAUGGUCUGCGCCGCCCGCGAGGAAGGCCACGUGCACGGCGACUGCCACUCCAGCCCCUUCAAGCUGGUCCUGGUCCGCACCAACACGGCCCGCACUCGCGUCUUCGCUCGCCUCUACGACUCCGAGUCCGGUGAAUGGGGAAAUCUGAUCUCAGAACCAAUUACGGUCAUCCUUCCGAUUACUCUGCAACGCUCCAGCGUCCUGGUUGGGAGUGCAUUGCACUGGUCGAUCGAUGGAACCUGCAUCCUCUCGUUUGAUCUUGAAACACAGAGCCUUGUCCUGAUCCGGGAGCCGGCAGACGCCCAUUCUACCAGGUAUUCCCACUUCCAGAUCCUGCGGACACAGGAUGGCUGCCUAGGCCUCGCCAUUUCGUCCGAACAGAGCAUGCAGCUGUGGGAGAGGAACAACUCUGGUGGUGUUGGCAGAUGGGUGCUGCGGAAAACCCUUCAAUUGGGCAAGCUCCUUUCGGUGAAACCGGAGAUGGAGAAAGCGCACAUACAGAUACUGGGUUAUGCUGAGGAAAGCAAUGUGAUGUUUCUGGUUAUAGGCUUUAGUGUCUUCAUGAUCCAACUUGGCUCGCUGCGGUUCAAGCAUAUUUUUGAAAGCAACCUCAGGACCACCUAUCAUCCAUACACAAAUUUCUAUGCUGGUGGAAGGAUAAUCAGUGACAGAGAUGAUGAACCUGAAAUGCUGAACAAUACAUGAUGCUAACAUCUUUUGUGAGGUGAACAGUGAUGAGCUGAGAAAGUCAGAUUCUGACGAAGAUUGUUUGCUUCACAGGUAAUAGCAGCAGUUCCCUCGUGCCCUUUUUCUUGUGGCCUUUUAUGUACGGCGAUUUUCCAUUUGUAACUUUGAAGCGAACCUAUAGAAAUAACCCAUUUUCCCGGUAUCCAGAACAUGUAGAAACUUGUUUAUUGAAAUUCCGCGGUGCUGUUCCCAGAGAUGUGUGGUCCACUGAAAUUGCAGACUCUUCAGUUAAUGCAGCAGUGUUGCCUCUUUCAGUAGUUGUGUGUAGAGUCAGUUCGGUCGCAGUGGUUGAGGUAUUUUGAUCCAAAUCAUAUAUGAACCCGUGACUCGUCAUCUGUGACAUGGGCUGUUCCCAGGCCUGAUGGCCAUUUCGAACAUUUUUAUAUUUUGGUAUC